CAUUUUCCUCGCUAAUUUUGGCUAACCUCACAAAAACCCCUCUCGAUAUAUUCUGCCACCGUCCGCCGACACCGCUCAGCCGACCACCCGCCUCCACAGCCUAACCCGCUGCCGUCGGCUUCGACGUCCGCCUAGUUCCCCACGCGCCGUGCGAAGGAUCGUCGCCGAUGUGCAGAAGUUGGUUAAUAAUUACAGAAAAGUAGCAAAAAAAGAGGUUUGAUUGUGAGGAAUUUGAUCCGAGACGUUUCUACCUUUGGGUCAUCUCAACUCCUUAAGGUUGGAAAGGACAAAAGCACUAUAGUUAAAGGGAAGUUGGAAACUCUCAAUGAGCUUAGUAAAAGUGAGAACACGUUCAACUUUCCCAUUAAUAUGAGGUCAUCUUAUGGACUACGAGGGGGCUCGAUUAAAUAUAGAGAACCUGACUUCUGAGAAUCUAAUGCCACCUGAAUUUCUUGAUUGGGUAAGGGUGGAAUCGAUAAGCAGCUUAUCAGGCGAGCAUUGGGUUUGACAAAUCGACAUGUGGAGGGGUGUGUGCGAUUUUGUGGGAUCUUUGGGAGAGAGGAACAAUAGAGUGUUUCGUGGUGUGGAGAAGGACCCUUCAGAGGUUUGAUCUAUGGGGGCGACUAGGGUUUCGUCGGUAUUGAUGGUGGUGGCUAGGGUUUCUUAAGGGUGGUUUUGGUGUGCCUUCGGGAGAACUUCUCCAAUGCUUCUUGAAAAAGAGAGAUAAAUCCAUGUUUGCUAGUGAAGAACUGAUGGAAAUUGAAAAUGUGUUGCAUUCUAGAACUGGAAGUCAUGCUCCUCGUCCUUGCAGCCCUUCAGAAGUUUGUUCACCUAGUCUAACACUUACAGGAUCAUAUUGCUCAGGCAAUCAUUGUGUGAACAAGUCAACUGAAUCAGGCGAUGAUAUGGAACUGAAAGAAGAUAAGAUCUGCUCAACAGAGAAGGUAGCUACAGAAUUAGAUUCACGGCCUUUGACUGAUCAUGUUCCUAAAGAAAAUUUAUUGAGUUCCACAACAGUGAAGGAUGAACCUUAUGAUCAUGUAGAUGACAGCAACAUAUAUGGUAAGGAUAUGAAUAAUGUUUUCAGCAACACUGUGUCGAUAAAGAGUGAAGCAACCUUUCCUGAUGAACAUUAUGAAAACAAGGUAGACAAUAUGCGAUUGCAAGAUCGAAUGAAGUUUUUCUCUUCUCGGAAGGAUUUUGGUUUUACACCUCUGGAUUAUGAGCAUCCAAAACCUUCUGACCCUGGAUGCAGCAUUCUUGUUUCAGAACCUGCUAGUUUAACGAACAUUAAACGAAGAUGCAAACGGAAAAAGACUGUCACGAAUUCAGUUGAAACAGCACUAGAGGAAGAUGCUCCUGGCCUUCUCCAGAUACUAGUCGACAAAGGUGUACUAGUUGAUGAAAUCAAGCUUUAUGGGGAGACAGAAAGCGAUGAAGAUCUAGAUGAGUCUUUUGGUGAAGACAUCUUUGGUGAGCUUGAAGAUGUGAUAUCGAGGCUUUUUUCUCAACGCCAUUCCUUUAUGAAGUUUCCCUCCAUAAGAUGCAUGAAAAGUUCAAGAGUAAGCUAUUGUUUAGCUUGUCUAGUUUCACUUAUUGAGCAGACAAGAUAUCUUCAUUUCCGGAAAUGGCCUGUCGAAUGGGGGUGGUGCCGGGAUCUCCAGUCUUUUAUAUUUGUAUUUGAGAGACAUAAAAGAAUAGUAAUGGAACGUCCUGAGUAUGGCUAUGCGACAUAUUUUUUUGAGCUUGUGGAUUCCUUACCCAUCAAUUGGCAGAUAAAGCGGUUGGUGAUUUCCAUGAAGCUUACGAGUUGUAGCAGAAUUUCAUUACUUGAGAACACACCAUUAUUGGUUGGGGAAGAUUUGACUGAAGGUGAGGCAAGGGUUUUAUUGAGCUAUGGGUGGAUGCCAAAUAGUGGCUUGGGUACAAUGCUGAACUACCGUGGGAGAGUUGUUCAUGACCGGAAUAAUGAGGACAUCUCCGAAUGGAAAUCGAAAAUAGGGAAGCUAUUGAUGGAUGGUUAUAAUGGCGGAGCUCUUUUGCUAGAAAAUACUUCAAUGAAGGUUGCAGAAUACAGCAGUUCCCAAACCACACAAGUUAAGCUGGAACUCUAAUUGCCGUUAUUAGUUUCUCAAUACUUCACUGUUUCCUUACAAUUUGUAUAGAUAAUUUAUUUUCCAUUUAAGUUUAGAAUUAUUCUCCUUUUGUAUAUGCAUAAAAUGACAGUCAUAUAGUUGGAAGGUGACUGUUAGGCAUGUUAAUAACUUCUUAAAUGGUCAUUCUAAAGUAAUUUCAAUUCUCUUGUUACGAUUCUAAGCAUCUGUGUUAGUAAAAUUGAAACUGAUGGUUAUUUUCCA